AUGGAGAGUUUCGAUGUCGACGACUACGAGCACUCUUCACACGAUUUGCCUCCGCUGCGGCCUUCCUUCAAAGACCGGCUCUUACAUUUUCUCCCCUUCAGCGCCGCUUCAAGGAAAGGAUAUUCCCUGGAUGUAGGUUCCGGUAUUCAAAAUGCUGCUGCAACGACAGCGAGACCCCAUACUGCACGCGGCCUCAUCCGGACUCUGUUCAAUUACCCGGAUGCCGACAUGAAGCUGCGUGGCACGGCCUGGCUCGACGGACUACGAGGCCUCGCCGCGUUUGAAGUCUUCAUCUUCCAUUACAAUCAUGACUGGGUCGACGAAGGCUUGAGUUGGGGUAACGAUGAGUUCAGCGAUCCGGCUUGGUGGCGGGCUCCCAUCGUGAGGACGAUUUACGGGAGCGGUUCGGCCGCGGUCUGUGUCUUCUUCGCCAUCUCGGGCUAUGUCCUCUCACAUCGCAUUCUGGGUCUCUAUCGACAACAGCGGCACGAAGAAGCUUACUCGGCGUUAUCCUCGGCGGUAUUCCGUCGCGCCAUUCGACUUUACCUCCCCGUCUUUCUCCUCUCCGGAUUUCUGAUGCUCUUAUGUAGCAUCUCCGACAAGAUCCCCAAAGCCACGCCGUAUGAACCACAGGCGACAUUCCUCCUCGAAGUCGCCCACUGGGUCACGACGAUGGUGCACAUGAUCGUCCCUCUCCGCUACCCCGACCGCUGGGACUACCUCAUCGACCAAUACGGCGGAGGGGUCUCCUGGACCAUCCCGCUCGAAUACUACGGCUCCAUCGUCGUCUUCAUCGCCCUCCUCUUCGUCUCCCGCACCCGCUCCCUCGCCACCCGCCUCGGCCUCAUCCUCCUCAUGGUCGCCCACAGCUUCAUCAAAGACGACUGGAUGGCCGGCCAAUUCCUGCUCGGCAUGGCCUUCGCCGACUACCAGCUCGGCCCCACCCGCCCCAAAACCCCCUCCGCCAGCACCAUCCGCCGCACCGUCGUCGCCAUCUCCAACUGGUCCCUCUUCGCCUUCGGCUUCUACCUCUCCGGCAUCCCCGGCUUCCACGCCAAACCCCUACCCCCCACCGCCGACCCCUCCAAACCCGCUCUGCCCACCGACCCGUUCCCCGUCAUGCCGCGUCCGGGCUUCGACUGGAUCGCCCAGCCCCUGGCGGACCUCGGCCUCUACCGCGACCGCGCCGCCGACCGCUACCUGGAAUGCCUGGCGGGCAUGUGCACCAUCGUCGGCAUCGGCCACACCCGCCCGCUCCAGCGCCUGCUGGAGCUCCGCCCCGUGCAGUACCUCGGCCGCGUCUCCUUCGGCCUGUACCUCUGCCACGUGCCCCUGCGCGCCUGGCUGCGCACCCUGGACCCCCUCUACCUGCGGCUCUUCCACGAGGACCCGGACGUCCCGCUCGCCCAGCGGGAGGAGAACUGGGCCUAUUUCGCCGCCUACGUCUGCCGCAUGGUCCCGAUCAUCCUCGUCAACCUCGUCGUCGCCGGCCUCUUCGAGCGCUUCGUCGACCGCCCCAGUGUCGCCCUCGGCAAGAACCUGGAGCUUUGGUGUCUGAAGUGGACCUCGAGGGAUGAUGGAUCGCCCGGUGGACCCGAGUAUGUCCCCCUGGCGAGGACCGAGAGUCUCCCGCUCGAGAGCCUCGAUGCGGACGGUCGGCGCGGUGUGAUGGUGGGCGAUGUCGCGGCGCAGGAGGUCGGGGUCGUGCCCGUCGCGGCGAAGGCCACGGCCGUGAAGACGAGCGGGAGGGAGUCUCUGCAUUUGAGAUGA